UCUCUGCGGCCAGCUACCUCCGCGACACCAGAGUGCACAGUAAACACAAACCGACGCCGCACCGAGGACAAGCCAGUAACGACUAAAGUAGCAGAAAGUGAUGUGCUUGUACCAUCUGCCGUAGCAGGACUCUAUAGCUGAACCCGUUCCCUUUCCUGUUGCUGUUCCCCCUGAAGACCUCCACCACUUCCUCCUUCCCCGUCCUCCACCUCCUCCUCUUCCCCCCCCCUCCCCCGGCCGCCCCUGUGAUGCCUCCCUCGUGCUGUGGCUGUCUGUCACAGUACACUCAUCACCAUCUGGUUGCCUUCCUCCUCACCUUCUUUAGCUAUGUGCUGCUCCAUGCCUCCAGGAAGACGUUCAGCAAUGUGAAAGUCAGCAUCUCCGCUCAGUGGACGCCUGCUUUUACAAAUGGCAGCGCAGCAGCUUUUUCUCCCGGCCAGACAUGGGAGGGCAAUCAUCUGUUUGCUGAUAAAGAGCAGGCCACUCUGUUCCUGGGAGCUCUGGACACCAUCUUCCUCUUCUCAUACGCAGUGGGUCUGUAUUUCAGCGGUGUGAUUGGGGACAGAGUGAACCUGCGCUACGUGCUCUGCGUGGGCCUGUGUGGCUCUGCUGCGGUGGAGUUUGUGUUUGGCACUCUCACCGAAUGGCUCAAGAUCUACAACGUGUAUCUGUACUGCGGGCUGUGGGUGCUGAACGGCCUGCUGCAGUCCGCUGUGUGGCCCUGCGUGGUGGCCGUCAUGGGGAACUGGUUCGGCAAGGCGGACCGUGGCUUUGUGUUUGGCCUGUGGAGCGCCUGUGCCUCUGUAGGAAACAUACUGGGGGCUUUCCUGGCUUCUAGCGUGCUCAAGUAUGGAUACGAGUACGCCUUCUUGGUGACCUCGGUGGUGCAGUUUGCCGGUGGGGUGGUGGUGUUCUUCGGCCUGCUGACCUCCCCGAAAGAAGUCGGUUUGAGCUUGGAGGCAGAGACUGGCCUGAGUCCGGUGGAGACGGACACGGACAGCCACCGGCCUCUGAUGAGCGACGAAGAGGAGGAGGAGGACGCCGAGGUGGACGACAGACAUUACCACUCGAUUCAGGAGCCGGAGGAUCCUCUGGCUGAGGCCCCUCUCCCCGUGACCUUCUGCCAGGCCUUCUGUCUGCCUGGAGUGCUGCCGUAUUCCCUGGCGUAUGCGUGUCUGAAGCUGGUCAACUACUCCUUCUUCUUCUGGCUCCCUUUCUACCUGACCAACAACUUUGGCUGGAAGGAGGCCGAUUCUGACCGCCUGUCUGUGUGGUACGAUGUCGGAGGAAUCCUCGGAGGGACGAUUCAGGGUUUCAUUUCUGACUUGAUGGGCAAGAGAUCCCCGGUUUUGGCCCUCAGUCUGGCGCUGGCGAUGGCAUCCCUGGUGGGAUACAGCCACUCACCUAAUGACCAGGUAAUAAACGCUGCGCUGUUGACAACUACGGGCUUCUUCAUUGGCGGCCCAUCUAAUAUGAUCAGUUCGGCCAUCUCUGCUGACCUGGGGAGGCAGGACGCUUUGAGGGGGAGUCAGAAGGCUUUGGCUACAGUCACCGGCAUAGUGGACGGGACAGGAAGUAUAGGAGCCGCUGCGGGACAGUACCUGGUGUCGCUGAUAGAGAGCAAGCUGGGCUGGAUUCAAGUCUUCUACUUCUUCAUCGCCAUGACGGCGGGCAGCAUUGUGUUCAUCACUCCUUUGCUCCACAAAGAGGUGCGUGAGAUGUGGAGAGAAAGACAAGCGCUGCGUCGCCAGCUGUGAACGCUCCAUCGUCCUGUCAGCUGUAAUGUUGCUACUCUUAUCGAGUGACAACGCAGCUCACAAACUGCUCAUUUUAGGUGAGUUUUGGGAGAUGGAAAAAAUUGGUGGGCUGUUGUUCCACACAGCCAGGACGGUUCACAGCCACAGGGCACAACACUGCAGUCUUAUCCUGUCACUAGAAGCCUAAAAGUGUAAAUGCUCAAUUAUUUUAGUGUGAAAAGAAAGAUAUGAAGUUUAAACUGAAUGCUGGUUUUAAAAGAAUAUACUUUUAAAAUGGACUUUGCCGUCCAAUCUGCACCAUCACACUACUACUGUACAUAUUUAAGGAUUUAAAUGGAUGUAAAAAUAAGAUUGGAAUUUUAGAUAAGAAGCUCUUUAGUUAAGAUCAAGCCCUCUGAGACUUUCAGUUGCCUGAAGAAUGUGAAUAAUAAUUGUAAUGUAUAAAUUGAUUGUCAGCUUUUGUAGAUAUGUAUGAUAUUUUUGGUCCAGAUGAAUAAUAUUGCACUGUAGUCCAGUAACAAGUCUUAAAGAUUUUUAAUGAACCACUCAGACCUUAGCAGGGUUUUGGGAAGCUUUGAUUUCUCUUGUGUACAGUUUUGUGUAAUCAGGUUACUGUAUAAGGGGACUGGUUCUCUCAUUUCUCUUUAUAAUAUAUGUCAGUCAGGGAUUGAUAUAUGCUUAUUCCUUUUUUAAGUUUCAGUGUCUCACGUCACACACAGUUGUUUUAAAAAACACUUUCACAAACACCCUUUUAACUGACAGAAACACAAUUCUGUCGAAAAACCCACGUCUCACAUUUAGUUUACAGUGUAGCAUGCCUAUUGCACAUUUAGGUGUGAAGUGCAUACUGACAUUUUAGAAAAAACUCAAUUUGUUUCUUGUGUGAAGUUGCACGUUUGUGAAUCUGUGUUUGAACAGAUUAAUUACAUUUUCAAGGUAAAAUACUUUAUGUCUAAGUUUGAGUGAGGAAAUGUUCAUGAAACACCAGCUUUAUGUGAGUUAAUGUCUUAGCAGUGUCAAAAACCAGCCUUCAUUUUUAAGCAAGAUGAUUUUGGUUGAAAUCUGUAAAAAAAGAGACUUUAAUUUGUGAUUUUAUAGCGAACAGAAAAACCAAGUAGUUUGCUCCCCUGCUUAUAACCACUUUAAGUGCUUUUAACAUGUGGAGACGUUGACAUCAGGGCUUCUUCGUGCCACCAUCUGUGAUGUGAGACGUGUUCCACGCACUAAACCAAGAGCCCCGGAGCUAAAAACGAGUCUCGACUUUGUGUAAAAGAAUGUAAAUUACACUAUCUGUGGUGUCUUUUUGUUUUAUCUUUAUUUAUGUGUACUUGUCGACUUUUAACCGAUGUAAAUGCAAAUUUUCAUUUUAAAUAAAUGCAAAUUACAUUUUGUAAAUUGUGAGUAAUGUAUAAAAUAUGUCAGAUAAAAUACAAAUGGGGGGAUUUUUUAAAUGAAUUUAGUUCUAUUGUUUUCUUUUAAGGUUUUUGGUAUAUUUCCAGGUAAUUGACUGUGUGCAAUGUCACUGCAGUCCACCAGGGGUCACUAUAAGUGAAUAAAGUGCUCUUAGUAAUACAUCCAUGCCUAACAACUAAAACCAGAGUGGAAACAAAAACUUCGGACCAGCAUUUUGUAGUUUAUAUGAAUCUCAUACAUUCAUUUUAUUAUUUAGAGCACGCUAUAUGAAAUCGACACAUUUGAAAGGCAUUUUACAAAGCACCAACAACCCAGCAAUACAUCUUUACAAUUAUUAUCAAAAAGGAUAUGAUCCUACACAAAUACACUUCUUACAUGUUGAAAGGGAGCAUAAACCAGCAUUCAAUUAUAAUACAAUUAUUACAAAAGUUGGAUUAUCAUACAUUCAUGCAUAUACAAAAACAAAUAAUGCUACACUUCGAUAUAGCUGCGUCACGUGAUUUUGAAAAGGGAAGUUUGCUUGGGCACAACGAGACACUAACUAACUUUAUCGAAACAGGUUUUUUAAUUUAGUUUUUCCACCAAACAGACUUAAGAAACACCAACAAUGCUGCCAAAAAUUCUCAAUGUGAAAAAAGUACAACCUGUUCUCAGAGAACAGGUUGUACUUUUUUUAAUUAACUUGUCAAUAAUGUUUUAAAGUAGUGCAAAUAUAUAGGUCCAGAAGACACAAUUAGUUAUACCGCAAGCAUAACUCAUAAGUUAAUAUAGAUUUUUUUUAAAGUUUCGUCUGGUGCACACACAUUCUCUUACACACACAAACACACCGAUACAUUGACAAAGAAAUCCUGUAAAUUAUCAAAUCAUUUCAAAAAGCCAUGCUUGCUAUUUUUAGAUCUGGGAAACAGCGCCUUAUAGGAGUAACAGAUUUAUGAACAACUGCUUUAAUGACAGUCUUUGGCUGACUGAGGGGGGUUGAUUCCUGACGGCGGACUGAGAUAAACAAAAGAGUGUGUGAGUCGCGGCCACUUGACUGGCUGGGGAAAUCCCUCGAUCCAUGAAGGGGUCUGAACACUUUCUGGGGAAGGUUCCCUUAUUAAAGCUUUUCCCUUUCCCCCACUUGAAUAGUCCUCUGCUUUAUUUAUGUGGGAGCAAAGGAAGGGAGAAACAACAAUAGCUGCCUCCCCCCCUUCCUCCUCCUCCUCCUCCUGAGGAACCCUAGUUUCCUCAGCUCGGAGCGGGGCCCCUCUCUGACACACUGACUCUUUUACAUGAUGUGAAACCCUACACUAAGCGCUGAACCUCGACAGCUUUUACCACAACAAAAUAAUAGACCCCUCCUCCCCCCCCCCCCCCUGGUUUCUCUCUCUCUUUCGCCUGCAAACGAAAACAACCCCGAGCUGCAUUGGUUUAGUUUUCUUUCAUUUAAAUGACAUGUGUUUGUUUCACUGAAUUCAUGAGGUAGAAUGGAUUAAUCCUGAUUAUGGCUUGUUUUCCAUUAACAAAUUAAAACGACUGUAGGAACACAUCUUAUCUAAAGACCAAGACUUGUUUGAGACCCUCGAUGACCGAUGAGCGACCUGUAUAAAUGUUUCUAAUUUAAUGGCACAGUAAUUUGUCUUUGGUUUUAUCUGCCUCAGCUGCCACAAACCUCAAGAUUCACACCAAACCGAAACACUCAUACACAAUCAGAUCUGUGUUUACACACGAGCACGUAUAGAAGGGAACAGAGACAGAAAAGUGAAGCAGCUCCACUCUUCAUAGGUUCCUUUGAGCUGCGACACACUGAUAAAAUGCUACAUUAUUACACGCAUGAAGCUGACUAAAGUUAUAGGUGUGUUUUGGUCUGCUGCCAUAAGAUUUGACCAGCCCAUUAUGCAACAAUGCAAAGCAGA